AAACUGAGUGCUUCUUUAUCACCAAACAAUACCCGCAGCCACCACAAAAACUCAAUAUUAAAACCUGACCAUUUUAUCACUUGUUCAUGGCAAGAUAAAUCGAUAUGUAGAAAAUUCUUGAAUUCUUAUAAACAUACGUAGGUGCUUACCUUCUUGUCACUCAGUAUGUAAUCAUUUUCCUGUAGUCAAACCAUGAUUCAAGCAUUGGAGUCGUUUGUUAGAGGCACAUGUAUCUCCCAUCUCUAUUCGGCAUUUUAUAGGUUAUGCAAACCGAACAUGACAGAAUUUCAAAUUUUCAAAACUAUUUUGAAAAACGAUUCGAACACCCAGUUUGACUUUCCGAAAUUACAAAAAGAAUCUGUAGAUGUAAUAGCAGAAACGUUUUCUAACAUUAUAUAUGAAUCGUUGAAGCAAAAAUCUUCUGCUAGUGCUACAAAACGUGGGAAUGUUUUGAAAUUUAUAAAUAAAUUGUGUGCCAUAAAGGCACCUCAUAUUGAAGAAUCAGCUGCUGAACCAUUUGCAAAAGCAGCUAAAAAGGUUUACCUUUCAACCAGCUGUGAUGAAUUACAAAGUUUACAGAAUAUAAUAAACACUGAAUUCGAAAAAAAUUGUGAUUUAAAAGAGAAUAUUCUACGGUUCUUCAAAAGGAAAAAUAAUGUUCAAUCUGAUAUUGGAAGCAGAAUAGAAUCCAUAAAACAGCUAGAUCAAGAAAGCUUGAGAAUCAAAUAUCAUCUCCAACCUAGGAAAGGUAUAUCCCAGUUUGAAGUAACUAACGAAGUCUUAGAUAAGGUCACUAACAACCUCUGUGAUACCAGUAAAAAAGUAGUGCAUCAGAAUGAAGAAUCAUUCGAUUUUCGGGAAAAACAGGUCAAAUUGGGUUACGCUUUGAUAAAUCUGAAUGAAGAUAAAGCUGUUGUAAAGAAAAUUCUGUUGAAAUUAGCAAAAUAUGAAGUGCUAGAAGGUUUUGAAAAAAACUUCCUCUCCUCAAUUUGGAGGCUAAAUGGAGAAAAAUUCAUAUAUUACAUGAAUGUUAUAUCAGAACAUUUCUUUUUUAUCAUUGAGAAGAUUCUCAUUGAUAAUUGCACUAAAAUAAUAGCUAUGAAGCAAGAUGUUGACAAGCAUUUAGCAGAGAUUCAGCAUGGAGAGAAUUUCUCAAAAAUCAGACUGGUUUGUAGUACUACAUCAUUUGUCAAACAUAAACUUCAUAGUCUUAUAAAUGAAUUGUAUAUAUUAGGGUUUUGUAAUGAAAGUAUAUGGAAAAUUCAUACAUUUAUUUGAAAAAUACAUCUGGUAUUCACAUUUACAAUUUCUAAUAAAGUCACCAACUGAAUGAAAAUAUGAUUUGAUACAUGUUGGAGCAUGUGUGC